CACGCACUUUCCGGAAUCGACACGCAUGCGCACUGGCCGCUUUACUACUGAACCGAACUGUUGCUCGGUAACUACCGGGAAUUAGCGGCUUUUCUCGACCACAUUUGAACGCUAAUCACUGCCAGAGGAGUCAAAGCGCAACAUUCAUGUGUUCACCGAGAGGAUUUCAAUCGCAGGACGACUGAUAAAACACGGAGGAUGGCUCUAUCAUUGACGCAUUCGUCCCAGAUGUAACUAGCCGAACGGACAUGCCACGUCUCCUCAGCUCACCUGAACACGUGUGAAAGCCCCUGAUGGUGAUGACGAUGACGAAGGUGACGAUGCCUUGAAACAUGACGUCAUGGAGGAAUACACCUGUACGGAGAAGCAGCUGCCAGUGAAGGUCUGAUUCGUCCGCAUCGCCUCUUCCUCUUCCUCUUCAUCUUCAUCCACUCCUGCAAUGGGAAGGAUUAGCAUUUCCUGCCUGUUUCCAGCAUCCUGGCACUUCAGCCUGUCUCCGGUGGUUCUGCCGCGCUUCCUGUUGCCUUCCUUCAGGCAGCUGCUGCUGCUGGGUCUGCUGGCCGGUGUGAUGGGGCUGCUGUACCUGCUGCUGGUCACGGGGAAGGGCCAGUACAGCUGGUUACGAGAGGACAGGCACAUCCACACGCGUUUGGGUCGGGUGCCGGACAUGGAGGCCACGGACACUAAUAACCCCAACCUGAACUACGGGCUGGUGGUGGACUGUGGCAGCAGUGGCUCCCGCGUGUUUGUGUACACCUGGCCUCGGCACAACGGCAACCCGCACGAGCUGCUGGACAUCAAACAGAUGCGAGACAAGCACAGGAAGCCGGUCGUGAUGAAGAUCAAGCCAGGUAUUUCCGAGUAUGCAUCCACCCCAGACCAGGCCAGCGACUACAUCAGCCCUCUGCUGAGCUUCGCCGCUCAGCACAUCCCUAAGAACAAGCACCAGGAAACGCCUCUCUACAUCCUGUGCACCGCAGGCAUGCGAGUCCUGCCUGAAAGCCAACAGGAGGCCCUGCUGGAGGAUCUGCGGACUGACAUUCCUGUCAACUUCAACUUCCUGUUCUCUGACUCCCACGUGGAAGUUAUCUCAGGCAAACAGGAAGGAGUAUAUGCAUGGAUAGGCAUCAACUUUGUUUUGGGACGAUUCAAUCAUGUUGAGGAUGAGCACGAGGCCGUGGUGGAGGUGCAGGUUCCCGGGAGUGACCAGCAGGAGACGCUGGUGCGCAAGCGUACGGCCGGCGUGUUGGACAUGGGCGGCGUCUCCACUCAGAUCGCAUACGAAGUGCCCAAAACUGUAAGCUUUGCUUCUCCACAACAGGAAGAGAUAGCCAAGAAUUUGCUGGCGGAGUUUAACCUGGGCUGCGACGCUCACCGAACAGAACACGUGUACCGUGUUUACGUAUCAACGUUUUUGGGUUUCGGUGGAAAUGCGGCCCGCCAGAGAUACGAGGAAAACCUCAUCAGCAACACGCAAAUCCAAAACAAGCUGCUGGGUCAGCAUCAGGGAGAGAGCGCAGACUCGCCCAUCCUCGACCCCUGUCUGCCAGCCGACCUCCAGGACGAGGUGGGUCCUCAGGACCAGAGAGUCCACCUGAGAGGCAUCGGAGACUUCGACCGCUGCCGUCUGCUGCUCCAGCCGUUCCUCAACCGCACCAACGACACCAACACGUCUCUGAACGGAGUCUACCAGCCCCCCAUCGACUUCACCAACAGCCAGUUCUACGGCUUCUCUGAGUUCUACUACUGUACUGAAGAUGUUCUGCGAAUGGGAGGAGACUACAACUCCACCAAGUACUCCAACGCUGCUAAGAGUUACUGUGCCACCCAGUGGAAGACUUUGAAAGAGCGGUUUGAUCGAGGACUUUACGCCUCGCAUGCUGAUCAGCAUAGACUCAAGUAUCAAUGCUUUAAGUCUGCGUGGAUGCAUGAGGUGCUCCACUCAGGUUUCGCGUUUCCGGCGGCCUACGAGAAUCUCAGGACAGCCCUGCUGGUGUAUGACAAAGAAGUGCAGUGGACACUAGGAGCCAUUUUGUACCGCACACGAUUUCUACCUCUAAGGGACAUCCAGCAGGAGAGUCUGAAGGGCUCUCACUCUCACUGGCAUCACAGCUUCUCCUUCAUGAACAACCACUAUCUGUUCCUGGCCUGUUUUCUGGUGGUGGUUUUGUCCAUCCUCCUCUACCUGCUCCGUCUGAGACGCAUACACAACCGCUCCGCGCUCCUCCGCGGGGCCUCCGCUUCCGUCCAGUGGCUGGAGGAGGGCCUGGGUUCGCCGGACCUCCCCGUUACCCUAUAGGGCCGGGACCCUGUCAAUCAAACAAACACGCUUUCGGAUCCUGUCAAGUCUGUCUCCUACAAUCAUCACGCCGGUUUUUGCGUUCGUUUGCGAGGGUUUCCACACGAGCUUUGGUGUAACGUGAAGACGGGAAGGACCGUCUGACCGCCUCUGAUCAGCUGAUGAUGUUUGGGUGUUUAUUUAUUAAUUGUCUGAGGGACGCUGAGCCUGCCUUUGGAUUUUCAAUGUGACCCGAGUGUGGUUUAUGUGUGUCCGUAAUUCGACAAGGUUCCGUCGCCUCGGCCCGAGACUGUACGCAUAAUUGAACAUUUAUUAAAUGUUUUGGUUGUGCCAAAGAAAAACAGAGUGAGAUUGGUUUAAACGGUGAAUAUUAAAUGGUUUUUACCACCAGAACUUUUUUUUUUGUUGUUGUUUAAUACAAUAGAAACUCAUGUCUUGGGAUUUUUGGACACUGAAGUUGGACUGCGGCGAAUUUCUAAGAUGAUUCAAGUUCACUUUUUCCCCACCUGAGACACCUUUCUUUGAAUGACAUUUCCAUUACAGCACUCCAUGUAGAGAGAGGAGAGUAUGGCUCAUAUUUUUUUUAUUCUCGUUAAAGGUGGAUAUUUUCGAUGGUAAAUAUUACAGUGUUACGGAGUCUGCUUUAUCACCGCUACUGCUUAUUUCCUGUCUGUGAGUGUGUGUGUGUGUGUGUGUGUGUGUGUGUGUGUGUGUGUGUGUGUGUGUGUGUGUGUGUGUGUAUGCGCGCCUUGAUUUCGUUAUUUUUCUUUUUCCUGUCUAUGACUUCACAUUGGGGGCGGAGCUGUAAAUGUUAUUAUUUAAACUUGCUCUGUGACGAGAAUCAGUGCAAUAUAUUUGGGGGUGAACACAUCUGUGAGUUCCAGCUCGCUAAAACAUAAAAAACGGUCAUGUUCUUCCAAACCCGUGCAGCCAAAACCAAUUGUGAUGAAUGUAUCAGUCACUCGUUUGCAUAGAGCUACGCUGAAUUAGGAUCACCGUUAAAAAAACAAAACUUUUUGUGUACUGUAUUCUGAAGCCAAACAAUAGCUUAGUUUGAGUAAGAGUCCUCAUUCGCUGUAUUGAAAAUAAGUGAGUAAAAAAAAAAUCUGAUGGGUUUGGAAUAACAUGAUGAUGAUAACUAUCACUUAAAGGGACAGUUCACGUAAAAAUUCAUUUUCUCACCGUGAGUUUCUUUCCCAUGUAUUUUGAUGAAUGCGUGUAACCAAACAGUUGCCGGUACCCAUCGACUUCUAUAAUAGCUUUUUUUUUUUUUUUUUUUUUUUGUGGCUGUGAAUGGGGGACCAGCAACUCGAGGGCGAGUAAAUAAUGACGGCGUUUUUACGUUUUGGUUAACUAUCCUUUAAAUUAAUUUUCUGUUGUGUGAAGAUAACAUUACUGUGCAUUUAAAAUGUUUUCGGGGCUUAUUUAGGACGCGUCGUGACAGGACGCCGUUGACAGAUGUUGCACCUGAAAGCCGUUUGGGAUUGAAUUUGUACGCUGUCCCGAUCGAAUGUGUGGGUCCGUGUGUUUCAGUGCGAAUGCUCGCCGAAGGAACCCCUCUGCUGCGGGGUUGAUGUUCACGUCUCUCUUUGAAGAGUCAGUCACUGCUGUAUAAUGUCGGUGUUUGUCAAGCACAGGUACCAUGUUCUCACAACACCCUUAAAACAAGUUUGCACGCAAAACAUCAGUUCCUUCGAUAUUGCUGUUGUCAAAGAUAAAGAGAAAUUAAGAAUCAAAA